CUGUGGCCUUUUCCUUUUCCUGUAUCAUUGGACAGUACGCCAAAGUUCAGCGCUUGAAGGAGAGAGAUUUUAACUGCGGACAGCUAUUUAAUCACGUGGCCGGGAGGAGGGUGAUGAUCUCAGUCAAAUUAUAAAGCCCAUCAUUAAGGACACUCUUUGUUUUCAGAUUUGAAAGAAGUUGAAGAACAGAUUAUCGUGAGGGGAAAAGUGAGAAAAUGGGUUCGAUUGCAAAGAAUGGAUUAAGACAGUACUUGAUACAGCUCCAGCAACAUCCUUUGAGAACAAAGGCAAUAACUGCUGGAGUGUUGUCAGCAAUUAGUGACAUUAUAGCUCAGAAACUCACUGGCAUACAGAAACUUCAAUUGAGAAGGCUACUUCUGAAAGUGGUUUUUGGAUUUGCAUAUCUUGGACCAUCUGGACAUUUUUUGUAUCUAGUGUUGGAUAAAAUAUUCAAAGGGAAGAAAGAUACGAAAACGGUUGCCAAGAAGGUUGUAUUGGAACAACUGACAUCUUCUCCUUUGAACAAUCUGCUUUUCAUGAUUUACUAUGGGGUUGUUAUUGACGGAAGACCAUGGCCACUUGUUAAAAACAAAGUCAGGAAGGAGUACCCAAAAGUUCAAUAUACAGCAUGGACGUUUUGGCCAGUCGUGGGUUGGAUAAAUCAUCAGUAUGUGCCUCUGCAGUUCCGUGUCAUUUUCCAUAGCGCUGUUGCUAUGUGCUGGGGGAUAUUUCUGAAUCUCCGAGCAAGGUCAAUGGCAUUGCCAAAAGCUAAAUGACAAGGAAAGCAUCAAUAUGCCUCGCAUGAUUUAUGCUCAAUCUCUUUUUAUAUUUAUUCUGAAGCUUCUCCGUUGAGUUAUUUUUAUUUCAAACUUUUCACAAUCUUAUUUCUUUUCCCAUCCUGGUAGUGGACAUACCAUAAUAAGUGACAUCAGGGCCUCUCCCUGUGCUGGCAAACACUGUAUAACUCCAGUGCAUCUAGCUAGUUAUUAUUACUAUCACGUAAUAUAUUAGUCUUUUGGAUUGUGGACA